AUGCAGACCGACGACCUGGACUCCGAAUGGCCUUCCAAUCGAAGCACUGGCCCAAUCCCUAACCUCGUCGUCACUGCCGGCAACGUUCUCGAGGUCUAUGUAGUUAGGGUUCAACAUGGCGGAAGCAGGGAGUCCAGAAAUUCAGGAGAAUCGAAGCGUGGUGGGCUGGUGGAUGGGCUCUCUGGUGCUUCACUUGAGCUCGUAUGCCUGCCACUACAGAUGGCGUUCAAAGAUGCUAAGAUUUCGGUGCUGGAGUUUCAUGAUGCUAUACAUGGACUGCGUACUAGGUCCCGAAUGGUGCCAUCUGAAAUGAGGUUGAGAGUGUUUCGCGGCAGGGCCGUUGGUUCUGGUUUGAUUGGAGAUGAUGAUGCCCCUGGUUCUGGAAGUGCAAUAUCUGCUCGUGUCAAAUCAUCUGAGAUUUUCAAUCUUCGAGACUUGGAUAUGAAGCAUAUAAAAGGCUUCGUAUUUAUAAGUGGAUCAGUAUCUACGGCUUCUCCUGGCUUGAAGGAAGAGGUUGGUGACAUUGAUGACAUUCACACAGCUAAGAGGUUGAAAAGAGUGCUAUGUGAUGCUUUACAAGAUGUGGUCUCUUCUUCAGAUCAUGGUAAAAACGGUACUUUGUCUGUUCUUCGGCAACUUCGAGUUGUCCAAGUCUAUGAGCGUGGUGCACGAAUUCUGGAUGGUUCUUUUGUGACUCCAGAUUUGAGCGUUAGUGCUGCCAACUCUGAAUCUGGUCCUGGUGCUGAGACUUGUACAGUAUUCAUACGGCUACGUGUACCAUGUCUGUGAGAACUCCACCUGCCUUCCAAAGCUCAAAGAACGUAGUCUCCGUGUGCACCCUGUAUCAUGAUAAAGGGCCAGAGGCAUGGAUAAGAAAGACAAGCACCGAUCCAUGGCUCGGCAUAUAUUGCAUUGUCUGUUAUGAGAG